AUGCACAGUGUGCAGGGCGGCUGCGGGCAGAGCCAGGCAGGGCGAGGCAGCCAGAGGAGCUCCCAGGCUAAGAGGGGCCACAUUUGGGUGAUGGAGCUGUCCCUGCUGAUUUGGCAAGAAGCCGAGCAGAGGAAGGGCCUGCUCCACAGGUUCCCCAGGAGACCCCAGGAGGGGCAGAAGCGCACCUGGAAGGAAGACACGGAAUCUUGUGACUAUGUGAGGGAGACCAACACGAAAUGGCUGGAAUCUGAUCUCCAGCCUGAGAGCAGAAAGAUCAGGGUCCCGCUCUUCAAGCUCCACCCGGGACGUGGGGCGCGAGCGGGAGGAAGGGGUCGUCUGCCCCACGCCUCCAGGAGCAGGGAGGUGCCCUGCGCAGCUAACAGAGGCCAGCGCGGGCUCAGGGGUGCUGGGGCCGCGGCCAGGAAGGGGCAUCAGAUUGUCCCGAAGAAGCUCAGCCGGACGGAGCUGCUGGGGCACGAAGACCGACAACUGCUGCUCGCCUUGCAGCGCAGGGACGUCAUCUCCAUUUGCAGCUUCUUAGACGACUAUCGUGGAUUCGCCACCACGGAGGAGGUGCUGGACCUGCUGUUCACCGAAUAUGGGUACAUCGUAGCUGCAUGUGGUGACGACGACACGGUCCAGCGUUGGAAACUGGCCAUCUCCUGCAUGCUGGAAAUAUGGCUGGAUUAUUAUGGGGACGACUUUUGUCAGCUCCCCGAAUUUCCCUCCCUUAUGAAAAUUCUGCAAUUCGUAAGACAGCACAUGCCAGGUUCAGACGUGGAACUCCGUGCCCGGCGUAACCUCCAGCAAUUCAGACGCCUCCAUACAGUGGAGCCAGAGGCUGGGGCUUCAGCCCAAGGAAAACACCCUGAAGCAGCUCAGGAGCAAGUCCCAGCUCUGACCGUGGGGACUGCUGCCCCGUCGGGGCCUGCGGGGAUCCAGGCCGUCCCGGCUGCUGGGGCUGAGGGCUCGGCCCGCGCUGAAGCGCCCGCUGGGGAGGUGAAGCCCCUGCAGAUAGUGGUCACUGCUCUAGUUCACUGCUCAGCCCUGGAGGAGCCCCCUGCACCCGCGGCCACCCCAGAGGAGGAGCAGGCCCCGGCACCUGCAAUCGGGGUCCCCAGAGUGCCAGAGCCGCCACCUGCAUCUGGAACAACUGGCUUCGACCCCUGAGCUCGCCCCAGCUCCCAACGCAGGGCUCGUGGUGGCUGCAGCCCAACGGAGGCUUGCCCUCCCCUGGCAUUUCACUGUUUCUAUAUUUUCCAUUUUUCUUUAACCUUUAACCUGUAUAAUGGCUUAUGAGUUUUAUUGUAAUAAAGGAUAAGUUAACUUCACAC